GAGGGAGGUGGGGAACCUGAUGAGACCCAGAUGGCCUGGCCUCUCGUGUCUGCAGAUAUCCCUGGCAGGGGGAAAGGGACCCGCGAUUUUCUUUAAUGAUGGGUAAUGUCUUCAUCAAAUUGACUUUCCAAGUUCAUUCAGCUGGGAGGAAGUGUUGCCCCGGGGGACGACUGCGUUCUCUCAGCUCAUCCCUGCCCUAUCUGGACGUGGGCUGUGACUGAUAGAAGCAAAAAAAGAGUGAAGGGGGUCCUCAGCUGGUGGCCCUGGCAGGGAGGACUGAAGCCAGACACCAACUCCCCGGCCCCCCAAUCCAACACCCAGCCAGGAAGAGAAACACGAGGCAAGCGCCUGUCCAUCGAGGAAAAUGACCCAGGUCCUCUAUUCUCUGUUAAACCAACGCGAGAACAUGGCUGGAUGGCCCCAGGUGGUCUCGGAAGACAUCGUGAAGCAGGUCCACAGGCUGAAGAACGAAAUGUUUGUGAUGAGUGGCAAGAUCAAAGGCAAAACCCUGCUGCCCAUCCCGGAGCACCUGGGCAGCCUGGACGGCACGCUGCAGUCCAUGGAGAGGAUCCCCUCUUCGCUGGACAACUCGCUCCUGCACGCCAUCGAGACUAUCAUCAUCGACUGGUCCCACCAGAUCCGGGAUGUGCUGAGCAAAGACUCAGCCCAGGCGCUGCUGGACGGGCUGCACCCCCUGCCCCAAGUGGAGUUUGAGUUCUGGGAUGCCCGGCUGCUGAACCUCAAGUGCAUCCAUGAGCAGCUAAACAGACCCAAAGUGAACAAGAUUGUUGAGAUCCUAGAGAAAGCCAAAAGCUGCUACUGGCCAGCGCUGCAAAACGUUUACACCAAUGUCAUGGAAGGGCUGAAGGAAGCCAACGACAUUGUGCUCUAUUUGAAGCCCCUGCGGAUACUGCUGGAGGAGAUGGAACAAGCCGACUUCACGAUGCUCCCCACCUUCAUCGCCAAGGUGCUGGACACCAUCUGCUUCAUCUGGGCCACCUCUGAGUACUAUAACACACCUGUCAGGAUCAUCGUCAUCCUGCAGGAGUUCUGCAACCAAAUCAUCGAGAUGACACGAACCUUCCUGAGCCCGGAAGAGGUGCUGAAGGGCCUGCAAGGCGAAAUCGAGGAAGUCCUGAGCAGCAUCUCCCUGGCCGUGAACGUGCUGAAGGAGUUCUACCAGACAUACGACUUCUGCUGCACGAACAUGAAGCUUUUCUUUAAGGACACAGAGCCCGUGCCUUGGGAGUUCCCUUCUUCUCUUGCCUUUUCCAGGAUGGAUUCCUUCUCCCACCGCAUCCAGACCAUUGAGGAACUCUAUAAAACAGCGAUUGAGUUUCUGAAGCUGGAGAAAAUCGAGCUUGGGGGCGUGCGUGGGAACCUCCUCGGGAACCUGGUGACCCAGAUCUAUGACGAGGUCUUUGAGCUGGUGAAGGUUUUUGCCGACUGCAAAUAUGAUCCCUUGGACCCUGGAGACUCGAAUUUUGACCGUGAUUAUGCUGAUUUUGAGAUCAAAAUCCAAGACCUGGAUAGGAGGCUGGCCGCGAUCUUUUGCCAAGGAUUUGAGGACUGCAGCUCCAUUGAGUCCUCUGCAAAGCUCCUGUACAUGUGUGGGGGCCUCCUGGAGCGGCCCCUGAUUCUUGCCAAGGUGGUGCCCAGGUAUUCAGUCAUGCUGGAGCUGUUUGACGCUGAGCUGGACAACGCCAAGAUCUUGUAUGAUGCCCAGAUGGCAGCCUCCAAGGAGGGCAAAAUUCCCCUGAUCCACAGAAACAUGCCUCCCGUGGCCGGGCAGCUCAAGUGGAGCCUGGAGCUGCAGGAGAGGCUGCAGGUGUCCAUGAAACACCUGAAGCACAUCGAACACCCGGUCAUGUCUGGAGCGGAGGCCAAGUUGAUUUAUCAGAAGUAUGACGAGAUGAUGGAGCUGCUGAGGUCCCACCGCGAGAAGAUCUACCAGCAGUGGGUGGCGGGCGUGGACCAGGACUGUCACUUCAACCUGGGGCAGCCGCUAAUUCUGCGGGACGCCUCCAACAACCUCAUCCACGUCAACUUCAGCAAAGCGUUGGUGGCAGUUCUGAGAGAAGUCAAGUAUUUGAAUUUCCAGCAACAGAAAGAUAUUCCAGACAGUGCAGAGAGUCUGUUCUCAGAGAACGAAACUUUCCGGAAGUUUGUGGGCAACCUGGAGCUGAUCGUUGGCUGGUAUAAUGAGAUAAAAACUACAGUGAAGGCAGUAGAAUUUCUACUAAUAAAGUCAGAAUUGGAAGCAAUCGAUGUCAAAUUACUGAACGCUGAAACGACAUUAUUCUGGAACGGCGAAGGUGUGUUUCAAUACAUUCAAGAGGUGCGAGAAAUUCUGCACAACUUGCAGAACAGGAUGCAAAAGGCAAAACAAAAUAUAGAAGGAAUUUCACAGACUAUGAAGGACUGGUCGGCCAACCUGCUGUUUGAAAGAAAGGACAAUAAGAAAGAGGCCCUGUUAGACUUGGAUGGAAGAAUUGCCAACCUCAGCAAGCGUUACACAGCAGUCAGGGAUGCUGGCGUGAAGAUCCAAGCCAUGGUUGCAGUAAGGAAACACCCAGGAGGUUUUUUGAGAACCCACUUGCUUUUAGCAGGGAGGAGAGAGGCACCAGAGCGCUCACCCUGCACAAUGUGGAUAUGGCCAAGUGACAUCUUCAUACUAGGUCAACAAAUCUUGUCUUCCCAGGAUGAGCUGCUGAGGGCGGGCACCGUGUGUUUAUCGGAAAAUGCAGAACUGUUCAGGGCAGACACACUGAGUCUGCCCUGGAAGGAUUAUGUCAUCUACAUUGACGACAUGGUCUUAGUCGAAUUUGACCAGUUCAUUCACAAAUCUCUGAAUUUCCUGAUGGACAACAUGGUUACAGAUGAGAGCAUCGCUCCCCUGUUUGAGAUCCGCAUGGAGCUGGACGAGGAUGGGCUGACCUUCCGCCCGUCGCUGGAGGUGGGCUCGGAGCACGGCUUCCUGGCGCUGAUCGAGGGCCUGGUCAAUGACAUCUACAACGUAGCCAGGUUCAUCCCUCGGUUGGCCAAGGGCAGGAUGAACUACAAGAUGGACCUGGAAGAUAACACAGAACUCAUAGAGAUGAGGGAGGAGGUGUCCAGCCUCGUCAUCAAUGCCAUGAAGGAAGCUGAGGAGUACCAGGAUUCCUUUGAGAGGUACUCCUACCUCUGGACGGACGACCUCCAGGAGUUUAUGAAUAAUUUCCUGAUAUAUGGGUGCGCAGUCACUGCGGAGGACUUGGAGACCCAGACAGAUGACACCAUCCCCAAGACACCACCCACCCUGGCUCAGUUCCAGCAGCAGAUCGACUCCUACGAGAAGCUGUACGAGGAGGUGUCUGAGUGCGAGAACACCAAGGUGUUCCACGGCUGGCUGCAGUGUGACUGUCGCCCCUUCAAGCAGGCCCUGCUCAGCACGAUCCGGCGCUGGGGCUUCAUGUUCAAGCAGCACCUGAGCAACCAUGUCACCAACAGCCUGGCUGACCUGGAAGCCUUCAUGAAAGUCGCCAGAAUGGGCUUGACCAAGCCCCUGAAGGAGGGGGACUAUGACGGGCUGGUGGAGGUGAUGGGGCACCUGAUGAAGGUCAAGGAGAGGCAGGUGGCCACCGACAAUAUGUUUGAGCCCCUGAAGCAAACCAUCGAGCUGCUCAAGACCUACGGGGAGGAGAUGCCUGAGGAGAUCCACCUGAAGCUGCAGGAGCUGCCGGAGCACUGGACAAACACCAAGAAACUGGCCAUUCAGGUGAAGCAGAACGUGGCCCCACUCCAGGCCAACGAGGUCAGCAUCCUGCGGCGGAAGUGCCAGCAGUUCGAGCUCAAGCAGCAUGAGUUCAGGGAGAAGUUCAGGCACAAGGCCCCGUUCUCCUUCAGCGACCCCAACCCCUACAAGUCCCUGAAUAAGCAACAAAAGAGCAUCUCGGCCAUGGAAGGCAUCAUGGAGGAGCUGUCCAAGUCCGGGGGCCUGUUCGAGGUCACCGUCCCCGACUACAAGCAGCUCAAGGCCUGCCACCGGGAGGUCCGCCUGCUGAAGGAGCUCUGGGACAUGAUUGUUGUGGUAAAUACCAGCAUCGAGGACUGGAAGACCACCAAGUGGAAAGAUAUCAACGUUGAGCAGAUGGACAUAGAUUGUAAGAAGUUUGCCAAAGAUGUGAGGUCUUUGGACAAGGAGAUGAAAACCUGGGAUGCCUUCGUGGGACUCGACAACACCGUGAAGAACAUGAUCACAUCCCUGCGUGCCGUGAGCGAGCUGCAGAACCCUGCCAUUCGGGAACGCCACUGGCAGCAGCUCAUGCAGGCCACCCAGGUGAAAUUUAAAAUGUCAGAAGAGACAACCCUGGCAGAUUUACUGCAGCUGAACCUCCACAAUUACGAGGAUGAGGUCCGCAACAUCGUGGACAAGGCCGUGAAAGAGUCUGGCAUGGAAAAGGUGCUGAAAGCCCUGGACAGUACCUGGAGCAUGAUGGAAUUCGAGCACGAGCCGCACCCGCGGACGGGCACCAUGAUGCUCAAGUCCAACGAGGUGCUGGUGGAGACGCUGGAGGACAACCAGGUACAGCUGCAGAACCUGAUGACGUCCAAGUACCUGGCCCACUUCCUGAAGGAGGUGACGAGCUGGCAGCAGAAGCUGUCCAUGGCGGACUCCGUCAUCUCCAUCUGGUUUGAGGUCCAGCGAACCUGGAGCCACCUGGAGAGUAUCUUCAUUGGCUCCGAAGACAUCCGCGCCCAGCUCCCGGAGGACUCCCAGCGCUUUGAUGACAUCGACCAGGAGUUCAAGGCCUUGAUGGAAGAUGCAGUAAAAACACCCAACGUGGUGGAAGCUACCAGCAAACCCGGCCUCUACGAUAAACUGGAGGCCCUGAAGAAGAGCUUGGCCAUGUGUGAAAAAGCUUUGUCAGAGUAUUUAGAGACGAAGAGACUGGCUUUCCCCAGGUUCUAUUUUGUCUCCUCGGCUGACCUCCUGGACAUCCUCUGUCGCUCUCCAAGACAGCCAGCCCCAGCCACCAACCGUGCCCCCGGCUCAGGGUUGGGCUCCUUCUUGCCGCAGGCACAUAUGGCUGUAUUUGGUCACCGUGGCUCCUGUCCCCAGGUGGAAGUGUGGCUGAAUCGAGUGCUGGACCGAAUGUGCUCCACCCUCCGGCACGAAAUCCCAGAGGCCGUGGUGACCUACGAAGAGAAGCCGAGGGAGCAGUGGAUCCUGGACUACUCGGCCCAGGUGGCUCUGACUUGCACCCAGAUCUGGUGGACGACCGAGGUGGGCCUGGCAUUUGCCAGGCUGGAGGAAGGCUAUGAAAACGCUAUCAAAGAUUAUAACAAAAAACAGAUUAGCCAGCUGAAUGCACUCAUCACGCUGCUCAUUGGGAACCUCAACGCUGGCGACAGGAUGAAGAUCAUGACCAUCUGCACCAUCGAUGUGCACGCGCGGGACGUGGUGGCCAAAAUGAUCGUGGCCAAGGUGGAGAGUUCUCAGGCCUUCACCUGGCAGGCCCAGCUCCGGCAUCGCUGGGAUGAAGAGAAGCGACACUGCUUUGCCAACAUCUGCGAUGCCCAAAUCCAGUAUUCCUACGAGUAUCUGGGCAACACGCCGCGGCUGGUCAUCACCCCGCUCACCGACAGGUGCUACAUCACCCUGACCCAGUCCCUCCAUCUCAUUAUGGGCGGAGCCCCCGCCGGCCCCGCUGGGACCGGCAAGACUGAGACAACCAAGGACCUGGGCAGAGCCCUGGGCACCAUGGUCUACGUCUUCAACUGCUCCGAGCAGAUGGACUACAAGUCCUGUGGAAAUAUCUACAAGGGCCUGGCCCAGACGGGAGCCUGGGGCUGCUUUGAUGAGUUUAAUCGCAUCUCGGUGGAAGUCUUGUCUGUGAUUGCUGUGCAGGUAAAGUCCCCUGCCUGCGGCCUCGGGGUCACAUCGGGUAACUGGCUCGUCAGCUUUCCUAUGACCUCACACGCCAUCAUUCCCCAGCCCCAGGGCCAGAGGCCACGUGGCCAAGAGAAUGGGGACCCCAACCUAUGGGCAGUGCUGGCUGUUGCCAUGGGGACCCUCUCCCUCGCCCGCAGCGCACGAGCACAAGGGACAGGUGGGAGUGUAGGUGGGGGAGGGAGCGGGCAGAAGCCCACAGACGCCGCUGACCUCCCCAGGCCCUGUGCCAUGGUCGUCCCCGACUUCGAACUGAUAUGCGAGAUUAUGCUGGUGGCCGAGGGCUUUCUGGAAGCCCGCCUUCUGGCCAGGAAGUUCAUCACCCUGUACACCUUGUGCAAGGAGCUGCUCUCGAAGCAGGAUCAUUACGACUGGGGCCUGAGAGCCAUCAAGUCUGUGCUGGUGGUGGCCGGCUCCCUGAAGAGGGGCGACCCCAGCCGGGCGGAGGACCAGGUGCUCAUGCGGGCACUGAGGGACUUCAACAUCCCCAAGAUCGUGACCGACGACCUGCCCGUGUUCAUGGGACUGAUCGGGGACCUCUUCCCGGCUCUGGACGUGCCUCGGAAACGAGACCUGAAUUUUGAAAAGAUCAUCAAGCAGAGCAUCGUGGAGCUCAAGCUGCAGGCGGAGGACAGCUUCGUGCUGAAGGUGGUGCAGCUGGAGGAGCUGCUGCAGGUCCGCCAUUCGGUGUUCGUCAUCGGGAACGCGGGCAGCGGCAAAUCUCAGGUCCUCAAAUCCCUCAACAAGACCUAUCAGAACCUGAAGAGGAAGCCAGUCGCUGUGGACCUGGACCCCAAGGCCGUCACCUGCGACGAGCUCUUUGGCAUCAUCAACCCAGCAACCAGGGAAUGGAAAGAUGGCCUGUUCUCCACCAUCAUGCGAGACCUGGCCAACAUCACCCAUGACGGCCCCAAGUGGAUCAUCCUUGACGGGGACAUAGACCCCAUGUGGAUCGAGUCUCUCAACACCGUCAUGGAUGACAACAAGGUCCUCACCCUGGCCAGCAAUGAGCGGAUCCCACUGAACCGCACCAUGAGGCUGGUGUUUGAAAUCAGCCACCUGAGGACGGCCACCCCAGCCACCGUCUCCAGGGCCGGCAUCCUCUACAUCAACCCAGCCGACCUGGGAUGGAACCCGGUGGUGAGCAGCUGGAUCGAGAGGCGCAAGGUGCAGUCGGAGAAGGCCAACCUAAUGAUCCUCUUUGACAAGUACCUACCCACGUGCCUGGACAAGCUGCGCUUUGGGUUCAAGAAGAUCACACCAGUGCCGGAGAUCACGGUGAUCCAAAUGAUCCUGUACCUGCUGGAGUGCCUGCUCACAGAGAAGACCGUGCCCCCCGACUCCCCCAAGGAGCUGUACGAGCUGUACUUCGUGUUCGCCUGCUUCUGGGCCUUCGGCGGGGCCAUGUUCCAGGACCAGCUUGUAGAUUAUCGAGUGGAGUUCAGCAAAUGGUGGAUCAAUGAAUUUAAGACCAUCAAGUUCCCCUCGCAGGGAACGAUUUUCGACUACUACAUUGAUCCUGACACAAAAAAGUUCCUGCCCUGGACAGAUAAAGUGCCCUCCUUUGAGCUGGAUCCUGAUGUCCCACUGCAGGCCUCUUUGGUCCACACCACGGAAACCAUCCGCCUCCGCUACUUCAUGGACCUGCUCAUGGAGAAGUCCUGGCCAGUGAUGCUGGUGGGGAACGCGGGGACGGGCAAGUCAGUGAUGAUGGGUGACAAGCUGGAAAGCCUGAACACUGACUACUACCUGGUGCAGGCCGUGCCCUUCAACUUCUACACGACCUCGGCCAUGCUGCAGGGGGUGCUGGAGAAGCCGCUGGAGAAGAAAUCGGGGAGGAACUACGGGCCGCCAGGCACUAAGAAGCUCAUCUACUUCAUCGACGACAUGAACAUGCCCGAGGUGGACAAGUAUGGGACGGUGGCCCCACACACCCUCAUCCGGCAGCACAUGGACCACGGGCACUGGUACGACCGACAUAAGCUGACGUUAAAAGACGUCCAUAACUGUCAGUACGUGGCCUGCAUGAACCCCACUUCUGGAUCCUUCACCAUCGACCCCAGGCUUCAGCGCCAUUUCUGCGUGUUUGCUGUGAGCUUCCCUGGCCAGGAGGCCCUCACCACCAUCUACAACACGAUCCUGACACAGCACCUGGCCUUCCGCUCGGUCUCCAUGGCUACCCAGAGGAUAAGCAACCAGCUGGUGGCCGCGGCCCUGGCUUUGCAUCAGAAAGUUGCAGCAACAUUUCUUCCCACGGCCAUUAAGUUUCAUUAUGUCUUCAACCUCAGGGACCUCUCCAAUAUUUUCCAGGGACUCUUAUUUUCCACAGCAGAAGUUCUGAAAACCCCACUGGACCUUGUCCGCCUUUGGCUACAUGAGGCUGAACGAGUGUAUGGUGACAAAAUGGUUGACGAAAAAGACCAGGAAACAUUGCAUAGAGUCACCAUGGCCUCCACCAAGAAGUUCUUUGAUGAUCUUGGUGAUGAACUCUUAUUUGCCAAGCCAAAUAUCUUCUGCCACUUUGCUCAAGGGAUUGGCGAUCCUAAAUACGUUCCUGUAACCGACGUGGCUCCUCUGAACAAGCUCCUCGUGGAUGUCCUGGACAGCUACAAUGAAAUUAAUGCAGUCAUGAAUUUGGUGCUGUUUGAGGAUGCCGUGGCUCAUAUCUGCAGGAUUAAUCGCAUCUUGGAGUCUCCCCGGGGGAAUGCCCUGCUGGUGGGGGUGGGUGGCAGUGGCAAACAGAGCCUCUCCCGCCUGGCAGCAUACAUCAGCGGCCUUGACGUGUUUCAAAUCACCCUCAAGAAGGGCUACGGAAUCCCCGACCUCAAGGUUGACCUCGCUGCUCAGUACAUAAAGGCUGCUGUGAAGAACAUUCCCUCAGUGUUCCUGAUGACGGACUCCCAGGUGGCUGAGGAGCAGUUUCUGGUGCUGAUCAAUGACCUGCUGGCCUCAGGGGAGAUCCCUGGGCUGUUUACGGAGGAUGAGGUGGAGAACAUCGUCUCCUCCAUGCGACCCCAAGUCAAGUCCCUUGGCAUGAAUGACACUCGGGAAGCAUGUUGGAAAUUCUUCAUCGAAAAAGUGCGCAGACAGCUCAAGGUGAUCCUGUGUUUCUCCCCUGUGGGCUCCGUGCUGCGGGUACGAGCCAGGAAAUUCCCAGCUGUGGUCAACUGCACGGCCAUCGACUGGUUCCACGAGUGGCCGGAAGAUGCCCUGGUGUCCGUCAGUGCGCGCUUCCUGGAGGAGACCGAGGGAAUUCCGCGGGAAGUCAAGGCCUCCAUCAGCUUCUUCAUGUCCUACGUGCACACCACAGUCAACGAGAUGUCCAGGGUGUACCUGGCUACUGAGAGGCGCUACAACUACACCACACCCAAAACCUUUCUGGAGCAGAUCAAACUCUACCAGAACCUGCUGGCCAAGAAGAGAAUGGAGCUUGUUGCCAAAAUCGAGAGGCUGGAGAACGGCCUGAUGAAGCUGCAGAGCACAGCUUCCCAGGUGGAUGACUUGAAAGCCAAGCUGGCAAUUCAGGAGGCUGAGCUCAAGCAGAAGAAUGAGAGUGCAGAUAAACUGAUCCAGGUGGUCGGCAUCGAGACCGAGAAGGUCAGCAAAGAGAAGGCCAUUGCUGACGAGGAAGAAGUCAAGGUCGAGGUCAUCAAUAAGGUAGGUGAAGGCAGCCCAGUGUGGCCUCAGGAGGGCUGCUGCGCUGGCCAAGGUGCCAACCCCAUAGCUCUCCUGGGCUGUCCAAAGGCGUCCCCUGAUGGGCGCUGCCUGCUCCUGGAUCCUCUUUGGUGCCCUGCCAGUGCCAGUCCCAGUGGCCAGCGCAUCUUUGUCUCCCACACCCAGGUGAUCCUGUGUUUCUCCCCUGUGGGCUCCGUGCUGCGGGUACGAGCCAGGAAAUUCCCAGCUGUGGUCAACUGCACGGCCAUCGACUGGUUCCACGAGUGGCCGGAAGAUGCCCUGGUGUCCGUCAGUGCGCGCUUCCUGGAGGAGACCGAGGGAAUUCCGCGGGAAGUCAAGGCCUCCAUCAGCUUCUUCAUGUCCUACGUGCACACCACAGUCAACGAGAUGUCCAGGGUGUACCUGGCUACUGAGAGGCGCUACAACUACACCACACCCAAAACCUUUCUGGAGCAGAUCAAACUCUACCAGAACCUGCUGGCCAAGAAGAGAAUGGAGCUUGUUGCCAAAAUCGAGAGGCUGGAGAACGGCCUGAUGAAGCUGCAGAGCACAGCUUCCCAGGUGGAUGACUUGAAAGCCAAGCUGGCAAUUCAGGAGGCUGAGCUCAAGCAGAAGAAUGAGAGUGCAGAUAAACUGAUCCAGGUGGUCGGCAUCGAGACCGAGAAGGUCAGCAAAGAGAAGGCCAUUGCUGACGAGGAAGAAGUCAAGGUCGAGGUCAUCAAUAAGAAUGUCACCGAGAAGCAAAAGGCCUGUGAAACGGAUCUGGCCAAAGCAGAACCGGCCCUACUGGCAGCCCAGGAGGCUCUGGACACACUGAAUAAGAACAACCUGACGGAGCUGAAGUCCUUCGGGUCCCCCCCGGACGCCGUGGUCAACGUCACCGCUGCCGUCAUGAUUCUGACCGCCCCUGGGGGCAGGAUCCCCAAGGACAAGAGCUGGAAGGCGGCCAAGAUCAUGAUGGGCAAGGUGGACACCUUCCUAGACUCCCUGAAGAAGUUCGACAAGGAGCACAUCCCCGAGGCCUGCCUGAAGGCCUUCAAGCCCUACCAAGGCAACCCGACGUUCGACCCCGAGUUCAUCCGCUCCAAGUCCACGGCCGCCGCCGGCCUCUGCUCCUGGUGCAUCAACAUCGUCCGCUUCUACGAGGUCUACUGCGACGUGGCGCCCAAGAGGCAGGCCUUGGAGGAGGCUAAUGCAGAGCUGGCAGAGGCGCAAGAGAAGCUGUCCCGGAUCAAAAACAAGAUUGCCGAACUUAACGCCAACCUGAGCAACCUAACCUCAGCGUUUGAAAAAGCAACGGCUGAGAAAAUCAAGUGUCAGCAGGAGGCCGAUGCCACGAACAGGGUGAUCUUACUGGCGAACAGGCUGGUGGGGGGAUUAGCAUCGGAAAACGUCCGCUGGGCUGAGUCCGUGGAGAACUUCAGGAGCCAGGGGGUCACGCUGUGUGGGGACGUCCUGCUCAUCUCUGCCUUCGUGUCCUACGUGGGCUACUUCACCAAGAAAUACCGGAAUGAGCUGAUGGAGAAAUUCUGGAUCCCUUACAUACAUAACUUAAAGGUAAGGAGUGGAGUCCUGGCCGGGCGCGGUGGCUCACGACUAGGUCGCAUCACCCCUUCUAAGAAAGUGUGCCUCCCUGGGCAGGUCCCCAUCCCCAUCACAAAUGGCCUGGAUCCCUUGAGCCUGCUGACAGAUGAUGCGGACGUGGCCACCUGGAACAACCAGGGCCUCCCCAGCGACCGCAUGUCCACCGAGAAUGCCACCAUCCUGUGCAACACCGAGCGGUGGCCGCUGAUUGUGGACGCCCAGCUCCAAGGAAUCAAGUGGAUCAAAAACAAAUACAGCAGUGAACUGAAAGCCAUCCGCCUGGGACAGAAGAGCUACCUGGAUGUCAUCGAGCAGGCCAUCUCGGAAGGGGACACCUUGCUCAUUGAGAACAUCGGCGAAACCGUGGACCCCGUGCUGGACCCUCUACUGGGCAGGAACACAAUUAAAAAGGGAAAGUACAUUAAGAUUGGCGACAAGGAGGUGGAGUACCACCCCAAGUUCCGCCUGAUCCUGCACACCAAGUACUUCAACCCACACUACAAGCCAGAGAUGCAGGCUCAGUGCACCCUCAUCAACUUCCUGGUCACCAGGGAUGGACUCGAGGACCAACUCUUGGCCGCUGUGGUGGCCAAAGAGCGCCCAGAUCUAGAACAGCUGAAGGCGAACCUCACCAAGUCUCAAAACGAAUUUAAGAUUGUUCUGAAAGAGCUGGAAGAUUCGCUCCUGGCCCGUCUGUCGGCUGCCUCGGGGAACUUUCUGGGAGACACAGCUUUGGUGGAGAAUCUGGAGACCACCAAGCACACAGCCAGCGAGAUCGAAGAGAAGGUGGUGGAGGCAAAAAUCACGGAAGUUAAAAUCAACGAGGCGAGAGAGAACUACCGCCCAGCUGCGGAGCGGGCAUCUCUGCUCUACUUCAUACUGAACGACCUCAACAAAAUCAACCCCAUCUACCAGUUCUCCCUCAAGGCCUUCAACGUGGUAUUUGAGAAAGCCAUCCAGAGGACCACCCCUGCCAGUGAGGUGAAGCAGCGGGUAAUCAACCUGACGGACGAGAUCACCUACUCCGUCUACAUGUAUACCGCCCGGGGGCUCUUCGAGAGGGACAAACUCAUUUUCCUGGCACAAGUUACGUUUCAGGUCCUGUCCAUGAAGAAGGAGCUGAACCCAGUGGAGCUGGAUUUCCUCCUGCGGUUCCCUUUUAAGGCCGGGGUGGUCUCCCCAGUGGACUUCCUGCAGCACCAAGGCUGGGGCGGGAUCAAGGCCCUCUCGGAGAUGGACGAGUUCAAAAACCUGGACAGCGACAUCGAAGGAUCUGCCAAGCGCUGGAAAAAGCUGGUGGAGUCAGAAGCCCCCGAGAAGGAGAUCUUCCCCAAGGAGUGGAAGAACAAGACGGCCCUGCAGAAGCUGUGCAUGGUGCGCUGCAUGCGGCCGGACCGCAUGACCUACGCCGUUAAGAACUUCGUGGAGGAAAAGAUGGGCAGCAAGUUCGUGGAAGGCCGGAGUGUCGAGUUUUCUAAGUCCUACGAGGAGAGCAGCCCCUCCACGCCAAUCUUCUUCAUCCUCUCCCCCGGGGUUGACCCCUUGAAAGACGUGGAAGCCCUGGGAAAAAAACUAGGGUUUACCAUAGACAAUGGAAAACUCCAUAAUGUGUCCCUGGGGCAGGGACAAGAAGUGGUGGCUGAGGAUGCUCUGGACGUGGCUGCAGAGAAAGGACACUGGGUCAUUCUGCAGAACAUCCACCUGGUGGCCCGGUGGCUGGGGACGCUGGACAAGAAGCUGGAGCGCUACAGCACGGGUAGCCAUGAGGACUACCGGGUGUUCAUCAGCGCGGAGCCUGCCCCCAGCCCCGAGACCCACAUCAUCCCCCAGGGCAUCCUGGAGAACGCCAUCAAGAUCACCAACGAACCCCCCACGGGCAUGCAUGCCAACUUGCACAAGGCCCUGGACCUGUUCACCCAGGUAAGGCCAUGCCUGUUCGGGCUGCCUCGCCAUCCCAUGCCAGGGCCUGCGGGAGCCUCGGCCACUGUGCCUGCGGCCCACCCAGAGUGCCUGGCCCUAGAGGGAGCGUGUGCCCCACAGGACACCCUGGAGAUGUGCACCAAGGAGAUGGAGUUCAAGUGCAUCCUCUUUGCCCUGUGCUACUUCCACGCAGUGGUGGCAGAGAGGCGCAAGUUCGGUGCCCAGGGCUGGAACCGGUCAUACCCCUUCAACAACGGGGACCUCACCAUCUCCAUCAACGUGCUCUACAACUACCUGGAGGCCAACCCCAAGGUGCCCUGGGACGAUCUCCGCUACCUUUUUGGUGAAAUCAUGUAUGGCGGCCACAUCACAGAUGAUUGGGACCGUAGGCUGUGCAGGACCUACCUGGCCGAAUACAUCCGAACGGAGAUGCUGGAGGGAGGCGUCCUGCUGGCCCCCGGCUUUCAGAUCCCCCCCAACCUGGACUACAAGGGUUACCACGAAUACAUCGAUGAGAACCUGCCCCCCGAGAGUCCCUACCUAUACGGCCUGCACCCCAACGCAGAGAUUGGCUUUCUGACGGUCACCUCAGAGAAGCUGUUCCGCACUGUCCUGGAAAUGCAGCCCAAAGAGACGGACUCAGGGGCAGGCACAGGAGUGUCCCGCGAGGAGAAGGUGAAGGCCGUGCUGGACGACAUCCUGGAGAAGAUUCCGGAGACUUUCAACAUGGCUGAGAUCAUGGCAAAGGCAGCGGAAAAGACCCCCUACGUGGUAGUCGCCUUUCAAGAAUGUGAAAGAAUGAACAUCCUGACCAACGAAAUGCGCCGUUCACUGAAGGAGCUGAACCUAGGGCUGAAGGGAGAAUUGACCAUCACGACCGACAUGGAAGAUCUGUCCACGGCUCUCUUCUAUGACACCGUGCCUGACACGUGGGUGGCCCGGGCCUACCCCUCCAUGAUGGGCCUGGCGGCCUGGUACGCAGACCUGCUGCUCCGCAUCAGGGAACUCGAGGCCUGGACAACAGACUUUGCCCUGCCCACCACCGUGUGGCUGGCUGGCUUCUUCAACCCCCAGUCGUUCCUCACGGCCAUCAUGCAGUCCAUGGCCAGAAAGAACGAGUGGCCCCUGGACAAGAUGUGUCUGUCUGUGGAGGUGACCAAGAAAAACCGAGAGGACAUGACCGCUCCCCCCCGAGAGGGCUCCUAUGUGUAUGGACUCUUCAUGGAAGGUAAGGAGGGUUCUUUCUGUCUGCAGAAGCUUCCAGAGCCAGUGCUACUUGCCAAGACGCCUCUGCUUCCUGCUGUGGCACCUGGCCUGAAGCCUUUUGGGGUGGAGCCCAUCUCUGCAAAGGGAGGACCCCUCCCUUACUUACUGGCAGCACACCCGGCCCUCAGCCAUACUGUCCCUGCAGGGGCUCGCUGGGACACCCAGACCGGAGUCAUCGCAGAAGCGCGGCUGAAGGAGCUGACCCCAGCCAUGCCUGUCAUCUUCAUCAAGGCCAUUCCUGUGGACCGCAUGGAGACCAAGAACAUCUAUGAGUGUCCCGUGUACAAAACACGCAUCCGCGGCCCCACCUACGUCUGGACCUUUAACCUGAAGACCAAGGAGAAGGCAGCGAAGUGGGUCCUGGCAGCCGUGGCGCUGCUGCUGCAGGUUUAGCUCACCCCCGCCUCACGGCCCACGCUCCCCGGGGCUGGACCACGACUCAGCCCUUCACCUGUGACUUAUUAUUUACAGGAACUGGUGGUUGCUUUUGUUCUCUUAAAUAAUCAAGGUGCUUUGUAACCAAGCACAUCUGAACUAACCAGAGGGUGGAGGUUGGCGUGGAAGAGGUGGGGCAGAUUAAAGCCUGUGGAGCC